AUGAUUCAAAAGUGGAGACCACCAGGAAAAAACUGCUUCAAGGCAAAUUGGGAUGUAGCUUUUGAUAUCAAGCAGAGGAAAAUGGGGAUAGAAAUCAUUAUUAGAGAUGAUAAGGGGGAGGUGAUGGCAGCUUACUGUGGGUCGAAAGGCAAUGUGGAACAACCAUCUACAGCAAAGUGUUUUGCACUAAGGAAAGCCAUUGAAUUAUACAGUGAUUUGAGUCUCAACAAAGUGAUACUAGAAGGGGAUGCUCAGAUUAUUGUUAAAGCUGUUAAUGAACCUAAUGAAGACCUGUCUUUCUAUGGAAGCAUCAUUGAAGAUUUAAAGUUGUUUUUAAUUACUUGUUCCAAUUGGACAAUGCAGUAUACAAAUAGAAAUACAAAUGUAGUAGCUCACAACUUGGCUAAAGCAGAUAUACAAUCAAAUGUAGAGAAAAUAUGGGUAGAAGAGGCACCAGUUUUUAUUUCUUCCUGUUUACAUAAAGAUAAGGAAGGUAUUGUAGACAUUGUUCUAUGA